AUGGCGGGUCGCCUGACCGCCGAAAACCUAUGUCAAUACUCAAUGAGCAAACACGCGGCCAUCGCCUUCUCGGACGGUCUGCGCCGGGAGUGUCGUAAAUGGGGUGUAAAGGUGUCCACAAUUGAGCCGAUCAUCUAUCGGACACCGAUGGCCGGCGCGGACUAUAUCGGCCCAGAGAUUGAGCGCCAGUGGCGGGAAAGUCCCGACUCUGUCCGCGAACUAUACGGCCAACAAUACUACGACCACUUCAUGGCUCGUAAGGACCGGUUUGGCAGUCACUGGUCGAGCGGCACCGAUAUCAACGAAGUGUUGGACCCGAUGGUAGACGCCAUCCGGAGCUCUGAGCCCCGGAUCAGGUACGCGCCGGCCGGCAAGUGGUUCAUUCAAUUAGCCCUAUCUGUGGCCCAACACUUGCCACUCGAGCUGUACGACUACCUGUUCGCGCACCGGAGCCGCCGGGAGCCCAAACUGGCAGCUCUUCAAUAA